AUCAUUCAUCUCUUAGAUUGGCUCAGACUAUAAGCUUUAUCUUCAUUUGGCAAUAGAUUCCUCGAGCCAUCGUCUGUGGUUAUUGUUCUAAAUAUUCUCUUGGCAAUAUUUCAGUUUGAAUUAAGGCUUCGUCUUCAAAUUUACUAUUAACACGAGAGGGAGCACGGUCAUCAUGGGAAUUUCGGUGAAGCUUUCCUGUAUCUUUUGUCUGAUGUGCCUUUGCUCUUCUUUGGUUAAGGAAACACAGGCAAAUGUUUUCAUAUCAAAGGCCGCCCUUUACCUGAGCGAUGCAUGUACAUUGUUCGCCGAGGAAGUCGCGGACGAAGGAGGGAAGUGCGAUCCCGACGUCUACGAGGAGGUCAUUGACGAAGUCGACGAGAUCGAGGUACCUGGUGCAAACCACGACAUGAUCGAGAAAUACCUGAUCGAGGCCAACAAACCGGGCAAGAUGUGCUUUUCUCCUGAUGGAACUACAGUGAUUCGUCUACGGGAUGGAUGUGCUACGAUGGAUGCCGUGUGUAACGGGAAAGAAAACGUCAUGGACUGCGAUCAAAUGGCCACAGUGACCAAUGAGACACCUAGCACGACAGCCAAGACAACUACUCGGUCCAGGAGAAUUGACUGAAGAUUUCUAGAGAAGUCUGAACCCGCCUUGGAAUAGAAUCCCACGACUCUCGCUCAAAAUGCUGCACACUCCGAUUUGCUUCCAUAUAUUGUAAUUAGGCCUAAAUUAAUUUGAUUAAUUUGAUUUGAUUUAUUUCAUUCUCAUUACAUUUAAAAAAGCCUAUACUAUAUUAUUUGAUUAGACUUUAUGUGAAUUAAUUUGAAUUAAAUUAUAUUUUGUCCGAUUAGAUUUGUUUUUAAUAGUCUUAAUGGAUUAUGAUUUGUUUGACAUUGUAUAAUUUGUUUGACAUUAUAUAAUUUGUUUUAUUUUGGUUGAAAAUUAUAGUUUGUGAUUUAUUUUUCAUUUGAUUUAUUUUUCCCCAUUUUAAUCGUUAAGCAAUUUCAUUUUUCCAUUCCUUUCCACAGUAAGAAAUUUGCUUAGCCGAGUUAGAUAUGAGUAAUAAUUUCCCGAACAUUUGUGCACCAAAAUAAUUCCAAUGAUUUAAAUCUACGACUAAGUUACCUAGCUUAUUAUAAACCGCCAUGAACACAUAUUUGGAAAACAAAACCACAUGUUGUUUCCAAUAUGAAAAACCGUUAUUUCUUUUUUUUUUUUUCUGUAUAGUUUGGUACUAUUUUCCUUUCCGUAGAUGUAUAUAUUUGGUUUGUAUUUGUGUUUGUAAAUUUUGAUCCUAUAGUGUUUAGAAUUGAAUAAAAUAUUAAAUACCUUCAGUAUUCAAUAC